UUUGGGGAGGUUUCUUGGGGGGGAUUGUUGUUGAGGUUUUUUGUGGGGCUUGGGUGUUUUACUGCAGGAGAAAUACCAUAUUCUGUUUACAGAUAAUUUCUGUGUAUUUGGCCAGACUCAUCCCUUCUAUAAAUUUUUGCUCUGAAUAGGAUCAGAUCAGGAAUUUUAGUCAGCUUCUAGUGGUAUUUGUUUUGUGAGCACUGGCUUUUAGGUCAUGAUUAACAGAUAUCCAAAUGGGUAGCUCUUCUCUGAGUUUGUGGGUUUUUUAAUUGCUCAUUUAAACUCAUGUUUAAAUGUGAUUUAAAUUUUUAAAUUUUUGAAAGUUCUAUUUGCUUGUUAUAUUAAAUAUUCUAGACAUUGAAAACUAAAAUUUCCAAAACACUUAAUUUGCUGUUUUAUUCAUAAAGACGCUGGUACCUCAUGGGUCUUGAAAUAGGUAACAAGUAUAGAGCUAGAGUCAGGAACUAGCAAAUGAAUUUGCAUAAUCUGAACUGAUGUCUUAACUGGAGAUUCCACUUCCCUGGUGAACUUAAUUAUGGGAGGGGGGUAAAAAGACACAUAUGAUAUGUUAAUUGUAUUUCUCUGUGCCUCGAGAGGUGCUGAGCCUGUUGGGAAGAGCAGCUGGCAGCGGCGCUCGCUGGGACACUGCUGCGGGGAGCAGCACUACUUGUAGAAAGACCUAAGACACCCUUAAGAACUGAGAAUCUGACUAAUUUAAACAGAUGGCUAAUCCCAGUGCUGUGUGCAAUGGACAUCUACAUCAUCAUCAUCAUCAUCAGAAACAGAAUAACCUCACAAAAAGUGGACUAUCUAAGAAAAAUGGAAUCACUAAAGGAAUGAAGAAGAAUGGAGUAUCAAACGGAACUCUCUACAAAAAAACAUUUAUUGAGCACUUUGAACAGGCACCAAUGUAUGUUGCAGUUUUUACUUUCGUGGGGUUUGCAGUGGGAACAAUAUUUGGCUACCUGCGAGAUUUUAUGAGAGCCUGGGGACUAGAAAAACGUAACAUUGCUGCGGAGAGAGAACAACAAAAAGAUUUUGUGCCACUUUAUCAAGAUUUUGAGAACUUUUACACCAGAAACCUCUAUUUGAGAAUACGGGAUAACUGGAAUCGUCCAAUUUGCAGUGUCCCUGGGCCACAGUUUGACCUCAUGGAGCGCGUUACAGAUGAUUACAACUGGACAUUUAGGUUUACAGGAAGGAUUAUCAAGAAUGUAAUCAAUAUGGGUUCUUAUAACUACCUCGGCUUUGCAGAAACAGAUGUUAAUGCUUUGAAAACUGUGACCAUAGAGUUAGAAAAAUACGGGACAGGAGUCUGCAGUACCAGGCAAGAAAUGGGCACCCUAGACAAACAUGUAGAACUAGAGAAACUUGUGGCCAAGUUCCUUGGUGUGGAAGAUGCUAUGGUGUUUGGCAUGGGCUUUGCAACUAACUCAAUGAAUAUUCCAGCCCUUGUUGGAAAGGGCUGCCUCAUUUUAAGUGAUGAGUUGAACCACACUUCUCUCGUUCUCGGUGCGAGGCUUUCAGGUGCCACUAUUAGAAUCUUCAAGCAUAAUAAUAUGCAGAGCCUCGAGAAGUUGCUGAGAGAUGCAAUAAUAUAUGGACAGCCUCGCACCCACAGAGCAUGGAGAAAAAUUAUCAUCCUCGUGGAGGGCAUUUACAGCAUGGAAGGGUCCAUCGUGCGCCUGCCAGAGAUAGUCUCCUUGAAGAACAAAUACAAAGCCUACCUCUACUUGGACGAAGCUCACAGCAUCGGUGCAGUGGGAGCAACGGGCCGAGGAGUUGUGGAAUACUUCGGAAUGAGCCCCGAUGAUGUUGACGUAUUAAUGGGAACGUUCACAAAGAGCUUCGGCGCAGCCGGAGGAUACAUAGCUGGCAAAAAGGACCUUGUGGACUUUUUACGAACUCAUUCUCACAGUGCUGUGUACGCCACAUCCAUGUGUCCCCCCGUAGCAGAGCAAAUCAUCAGGGCAAUGAAAUGUCUCAUGGGACUGGACGGGACAACGCAAGGGCUCCAAAGGGUGCGUCAGCUGGAGAAAAACACAAGGUACUUCAGACGAAAACUGCACGAAAUGGGCUUCAUCAUUUAUGGCAAUGAUGAUUCUCCUGUUGUUCCCUUGCUCCUUUAUAUGCCUGGUAAGAUAGGGGCUUUUGCAAGACGCAUGUUAGAAAAAAAUAUCGGGGUGGUCGUGGUUGGGUUUCCAGCUACUCCUAUCACAGAAUCCAGGGCUCGGUUUUGUGUGUCAGCUGCACAUACACGGGAGAUGUUAGACACGGUUUUGAAUGCUCUGGAUGAAUUGGGUGAUUUUCUACAUCUGAAAUAUUCCCGGUAUUCCAAGUCAUCUCAUCCUGAACUGUAUGAAGAAUCUAGGCUUGAACUUGAAGAUUGAGUUUUCCACCCAUGAAGAGAACAUUAUGAUGCUAUGAAAGGGUGGAAAAACUGAAAACUAAACAAUACAAAUGCAUUUCUUCCCUUCUAAGGACAAUUUUUAUUUCGCAGUUAAUUGAAAUGAGGGGAAGCUCGGGUGUUGCAUCACUUUGUAUCAAAUUUCUGUAUUCAAGAGACUGAAAUAUUGAUACAGAUUUGCCUCCCCAGGAGAUCUGUCCUUCUUAAGGUGUUUUUGAUGCAGAAAGAAUGGAUCCAUUGAUCCAGUUGCUAACGUACUGCUUUUGAUAUGGCCCUUUUUUAUGAAGAGUCUUCAGAUAGUCUUAAUUGUGACUGAAAUAAUAAAGUUU